CCUUUAUUCGGCUGCCGAUUUUUCCGGUUGCCGCAAAACCCGCAGAAGGACUAACGUUUGCUGUGCGACGCUGCCAACUUGUAGGGGAGUUGGUCUCGGAGGGUAGGGAUGGUAGGGAACUCAAGUUCACGCGUUAUCACGGUCGGAGCAGCAGGCAGCAAAAAAUAACAAACAUUUUAAGGGAAAAAAAUGGGAGAGAAGUUGACAAAGAAAAGGGAUUUGAAUCAUUUAGUGAUAUCCGAGGUCGAUGUGUGUUCGCUUUUCGCGCUCACUCACCAUUACGUAUGACGAGGUAGGCUGUUUUGCACAUCUUUUUUUUUUUUUUUUUUCCUCAGUAUCUCGCGAUUGUGUUAUCGCCGCUGGAACAGACCUUGAAUACCUUGAAGGUGGAACUCCACACUCACUCGGGGAGUGAUUGGAGUGUAUUCCACGGGCCACGUGCGGUGUUUUAAAGGGUUUAUAUUUUUAGCCCCCCGAAAAAGAAACGGACGAAAAGAACAGGAAGAAAACAGUAGGAGCGAAGCGGCAUAGUCACGUUGUCGAAAGGCGCCCUGCGGAUCAGUAUGCUCGGAAACGCCGGCAAUCCGCCGAGUUCGGCGAGCUCAGAUAGUGGCACGAGCAUCGAUGAGUCAAGCGAGCUCGACCUGGAGCCGGAGUCCGUGUCCCCCCGGCGCCACCGGCGGGAGCGAACCUACUCGGCGUCAGCGUCCAAGGCAGACCCCCUCUUCCACACCCGCCAGCGGACCAUCUACACUGCGGGGCGUCCCCCGUGGUACGACGCCCACGGCCAGUCAGUGGAGCCCUUUGUGAUCGGCAUCUGCGGGGGCAGUGCCUCGGGCAAGACCACGGUGGCCCGGCGUAUCAUUGAGGCCCUCAACGUGCCCUGGGUCACCCUGCUGAGCAUGGACUCCUUCUACAAGGUGCUGAACGAGGAGGAGCACAAGCUGGCCCACAACAACCAGUACAACUUCGACCACCCGGACGCGUUUGACUUCAAGCUGCUGGCCGAGACGCUCAAGAAGCUCAAGGAGGGCAAGCGGGUCGAGGUGCCCAUCUACAACUUUGUCACUCACUCCCGCGAGAAGCACCUCAAGUUCAUGUACGGGGCCAACGUCAUCAUCUUCGAGGGCAUCCUCUCAUUCUCCAACGCGGAGUUGCUCGAGAUGAUGGACAUGAAGGUGUUCAUCGACACGGACAGUGACAUCCGCCUGGCACGCCGUCUCAAGAGGGACAUCACGGACCGAGGCCGGGACCUGGAGGGCUGCCUCCAGCAGUACGAGCGCUUCGUGAAACCCGCAUUCGACCACUACAUUGCACCCACCAUGGUGCACGCAGACCUCAUUGUGCCCCGGGGUGGUGAAAACCAGAUUGCCAUUAACCUGAUAGUGCAGCACGUCCACACUCAACUCGUGUCGAGAGGGGUGAAGCUGCGCUCGAAGCUGGCCGAGUCGCACGGGGGCCAGCCCCUGCCGAACACACUGGAGCUGCUGCCGCAGACGCCGCAGCUGCGGGGCAUCCACACGUUCAUCCGCAACCGGGAGACCCAGCGGGACGAGUUCAUCUUCUACUCGAAGCGCCUGAUGCGCCUCCUCAUGGAGCACACCCUGUCCCUGUUGCCCUUCAGCGAGGUGGUCGUCGAGACCCCGCAGGGGAUCAGCUACCAGGGCAAGCGCAGCGCAGCAGGGCGGAUCUGCGGCGUGUCGAUUCUGCGGGCAGGCGAGACGAUGGAGCAGGCCCUGUGCGACGUGCUGAAGGACGUGCGACUGGGCAAGAUCCUCAUCCAGACCAACCAGCACACGGGCGAGCCCGAGCUGUACUACCUGCGCCUGCCCAAGGACAUCAAGGACUACCGCAUCCUGCUGCUGGACGCCACGGUGGCCACGGGGGCGGCGUCCAUCAUGGCGGUGCGGGUGCUGCUGGACCACGACGUGCCCGAGGAGAACAUCAUGCUCUGCUCGCUGCUCAUGGCAGAGUCCGGCGUCCACUCGGUGGCCUACGCCUUCCCCAAGGUCCGCAUCGUGACCACGGCCGUCGACCCGGUCAUCAACGAGAAGUUCUACAUCAAGCCUGGCGUCGGAAACUUCGGGGACCGGUACUUCGGCACGGAGGCGUUCGAGUACUCGUGACCCAAUGGGUGGCGGCACGCCGCUGAACGGAACCCCUUCCUCCGCGCUCGACCAUGGACCUGGGGCGCACUCCGCGGGACGGAGAGCGUGUGGGACCCGCUCUGGGGAGUGCGUCAACGGCUUGCCCAGCGGCCGACAGUCAAGACGCUGAGUCGCGCGACGACACGGGCCGACGUGCCUUCGAAUCUCAGCCCGGACUGAAGGACCCGCCCUAGAGCCGCCGCAGUGAUCUACACUUAGAGCGCCGACACUCUGUUCCCUGGUUUUCCUGCGGGUGCCGCCAGUUUGGUGCAUGGUGCAGAGUGGGAGCAACAGACUGUAUGCAAGAAAAAAGCGCCAUCUUACGAUCAUUAAGUUUCUGCCGUAUUGGAGGUCUCUCGUACCGAUAGUUUCGCCCGAGGGACAUCGGUCCCUGCAAAGUUGGAGUCUUAGAUCUACAAUGCGAUUGUGCACUGCCAGUCUGGUACGAACCUUUCGCGCAAUCUCUUUGAUAAAUAUUGUUCACUUACCUGGACGUCCCAGCUCCUUGCUUCGGCAACGAGCAUUGUGAUGUGUUUGCCAACCAUUCUUUUUCCGCAGUCUCGCGGCAACUGCUUUUUUUUUUUGUUACACUGAAAGGAAACUGCGUCAAUUAAAUGUACAAAUUCAUUGUCAUAAUAUUGGAAGAUCAGAGCUUAAAUGAAGUUUUGCCUGAUUUAUAGAUGGAAGAUAGAGAAACCCUAAAAUAUGGUGGCUCUUAAUGGCCUGGUAAUGCUAGCUGGCAUGAAUUUUUGCAAAGUUACUGGAUUUUCACAUUUGGUUUUCACCAUUUUUUUUUAGACUGUGAGGCUGUCAUGUGUGGCUAAUUCCUCUUUUGAAAUCGGUAUCGAAGGUCGAUCAGCUCGGAACUAUUGCGGACACCAGAGGGCACCGUCUGAUGAGGAAAAACUCUCGUCUGCGAUAUUUCUGAAGUAGUCCAUCUUCAAUACCAAUUGUAAAAGACAUCAGCCGCGCAUGCAUAUAAUGUUUGGUUUUUAGAACGCUUAGAGCCCAUGGAUUGAGUCAUGGCCAUAAAUAGACAAUUGCAGAAAGUGGUUUAGUGCAUAGCUGGCGACGACGAUUUGGAGCACCUGGUUGAAGUGUUGCCGCUCCGAGGCGUGGCAUAUUCAGUGGCUCUAUAGUCGGCCCUUUUCCGACGACCGUUCUUGACGCGAAGAAACUUGUGACAAAGUCACCUUCAGUGUUCCGCAAGACCAUGGCUGCAUCUUCAGCUUGUCCUCGUCGUUUUCGUCCAUGACACACCUACCUGGAGUAAUAACGGCAACGUGUUUAUGUACGGGAAUGAACUGUGUAGUUUUUUUUUGUUGGUCUCGUGCCCUUUUGAAUGGGCUUCUGUUGUAAGUGUAUUGGAAUUUGGGAUACAUAUACCAUCUUCCUUAUUAUUUACGGAGGAAAUAAAGCUUUUUCACACAUA